ACUUUGUGGGUGUCGUUCUUAAGCAUUAGUUACACUUCCUCUCAACUUUAUCUUUCGGUUGAGAGUGUUCAAAGAUGACGAGCCUUCAGAAGCUGCUGUACACACUCUGCUCUGGUCUGAGUUGCGUGAUCAUUGCAGAGGGUGUGAUUCAUGUGUUCGGAUACGUGGGCAAGUAUGUAAAGGUGCCCUGCCCCUAUGGUCAAGGCUAUGAGAGUCAUGAGAAGUACCUGUGCAAGAACGACUGUGGUGACGCGGAUGUUCUUAUUAAAACAUCAGACAGCAAUAAAACCAAAUACUCCAUCUUUGAUGACAAGGAGACAAGAACUGUCACGACGACCAUCUCUGAUCUUCGUUCUGGGGAUGCUGGGAAAUACUGGUGUGGGGUGACCAAAAAUGGAUUAGACAUCUACAUUGAGGUGAAACUAACAACAGAGCAAGACAGCUGCUGCGACGACGUGAAGAAAACUCAGAGUCAUGAGGGACAUGCGGCGUCCCUCAGCUGCCCGUACAAGUCCCAGUAUGGCAAAAGCCUGAAGUACCUGUGCAGAGGAAACCAGCCCUCCACGUGCCUGCAGCAGGCUGUGAUCACCUCCUACAGCCCGCAAAAUGGCCGAUUCACACUCACCGAUGACGCCACGUCAAGUUUCACUGUGAACAUCAGCGGACUGACCGUUGGGGAUUCGGGGCUGUACCUUUGUGGAGUCCACAGAGACACACAACCGGACGUCUUCUCUGCUGUUCACCUGGAGGUCAGAGAAUGGUGCUGUGUGGAGUCGAAGAACGUGAGCAGCCCUGUGGGAGGUCGGGUAACUUUGGAGUGUCCUUACCCACCUGAACACCGGAGGAACAGGAAGUUCCUCUGCAAAGGAGACCAGCGCCGGGUCUGCAGCGACGUGACGGACGGAGGCCGGUUCAGGCUGCACAACGAGUCGUCCAGCUCCUUCUCAGUGACGGUCAGCGAGCUGGAAGCCGCCGACGCCGGAACCUACUGGUGCGGCUCAGACCCAGGGUGGAGUCUGGGAAACUACACCCGCAUUCGUCUGUCAGUGGAUGAGAUCAACAGUGCCAAACCCGCUGAUACACACCUCUUUGUGGUCAUUGGUUUUGUUGCCGGGCUGUUGCUGACGCUGUGUGUCCUGUUCACAGUUUACAAGCGCAAGUGUUGCCGAGUCAAAGGAACUGAAGAUGGUGCGGAUAUGAAUGAACUCAAAGCAGUGGACACACGGUCAAUAACGGGCACAGAAGAUAUUUAUGAGAAUAACGCUGACGCGGUAAAGCGCCUGGAGACAAACUUCUCCAUCCAGCAGAGCGCCCGUCACCAGGCUGACAACGACUACGUGGACGAACCGGAUUAUGAAAACUUCUCAAAUGAAGAGGAACUCUACUGCAAUCAGUCCUACCGUCACACCAGUAUGAAAUGAAAACCAGGCACACACAGACUCUCAGGUUAUGACGUCUGCACGUGACUGGACCUCUUGAUCACUUUAAUUAUUAGAACUGACUUCUGUUAUUGGUAGAAUUAUGUUAUUAACAUAGAUAUCGCUAACUUUAAACAUUUGCUUUGUGGUUUCUGUAGUUUGCAUUGGUUAGUCUGAAUAGGAAUCAGUCUGUGGCCAUUCGUCAAACUGGUGGAUGAUACAGUGACUAAAAUAAAUAUACUCAACGGAAAUGUUCUUGUGAGAUAAUAAUAAUUAGAACAGCACAGUUCUGGGUGAGCACCAGGUUUCCAUUUUAAAACAGGAAGUAGUAGAUAAAAGAUUAAAGGCUGCAGCUUUAUAUCAGCAUUUUCAACUCAUGUCAAAGAUGUUUUUCUUGCCUUUUUUGUCCAUUUACACUUCAGGCACUGCACACGCAAACAAUACAAGG